CAGACCUCAGAGUCCACCGUUUACCCUUGGAGCCGCGGCAUGUACUCAAUCACACCCCGGUAGAAAAUCAUGAGCCAAAAGCCCAUCCUCAUCUCCGGCGCCGGACUCGCCUCUCUCCUCCUCGCUCGUUCCCUGCUCCGCUCACGAAUCCCUUUCCACAUCUUUGAGCGUGAUGCCUCCCUCUCCUUCCGGGGUCAAGGGUAUCGCCUUCGCCUGUCGACAGAGGGACUAGAUGCUAUUGAAAAAGUCCUUGGCCCUGAGGAAUUCCAGCGCUUCUGGGAGCGAUGUGGCAAAACUGGGGGGAGUGGCUUCGUCGGACUAGACGCAAUCACAGGUCAAGUGUUUGAGCAACAUAAGAUGAAUGAGAGUCUUAAUUCUCGAGAGGGUCUGAUUGUGGGCAUCGCAAGAGGUGAGAUGAGACGUUUCUUCAUGGAGGGAUGUGAGGAAUUCGUGCAGUUCAACCGCUACGUAAAAGGCUAUGAAUUGACGGAGGACGGUGUGCGUGCCAUUUUCGCCGACGGCACCAAAUCCAUCGAGGGCGCUUUGCUGGUUGGUGGCGAAGGUAUAUACUCGUCGGUCGCAAAACAGGUGUCUGGUGGACUUCUCAAGGUCUAUGAUCUGGGUGCGCGAGGUAUCCACGGCCAGUCCCCGACUGCAGCCUUUAAGACGUUGGGAGAGGGGGUGUUCCGAGUGGUGGACGAUGUAAACCCUCGUGGCCGCGUCUCCAUCAUCACCAACGUUCGUCCCGAUGACAUGGAUGAUCCCAACGUUGAGUUUGGAUGGACCAUGGUUGGCGUCCCUGGCGCUAUCAAGGCACCCAACGACGAUUACAGCAUUGUUGGAAAAACCGCGGCCGACAUUGCAAAGGAACUAACCAAGGAUUGGAACCCACGCUUCAAGCCUUUGUUUGAUCAGAUGAACGAGUCCGAGGCGGCGUUUUGGAAGAUCACGUGUUCGACACCAACCGGGGUUCCAGAGUGGCCCAAUGAGGCUCGAGUCACCGUGAUUGGUGAUGCAGCGCAUUCAAUGACCCCUGCCGGCGGCAUUGGUGCCAAUACAGCGGUUAGAGACUCGGCCUUGUUGGGACAACUUCUUCACGAUGCUGGGGGUUAUGCUCCGAGCGUGACGGCUGCCUACGAGAAAGGAAUGAGAGUCUAUGCCAGUGAGGCGGUUAAAUCAAGCUAUGGAAUGGCGACCAAGGCUUUCAGCGCGCAAAUAGAUGAUUCCACAAAGACGGUGUAAGAUGAUAGAUGCUAGAGAAUGAC